UAGAUCCCUUUGACCGACUGGAACAUGUUGUUGAAGGGACGUUUAGGUUAGAAGGAAUUGGCUCAGAGCUCCUGUCACUCUUCAGCAUCAUCUUGUUGUGAAAACGAAAUGACAUCAAAAAAACUAACUCAAUUAUAGCUAAAAACAGAUCCAUUUUCAUUUAGCUAUCUUGUCAGCUUGAGAUAUUAUCUCAGUCGGAACGCAGAAUUGAAUACUAAUUGUAUAUCAAGACGUCAUUCUUCAAUUGUAUUCAAUGGAAAAACGGAAUGGCCACCACGGCGAGAAUGAACCGGAGACCGGGGAAAACGAAGAAACGGCGCCUGCUCCACCGAAACAGUCGUGUUCAAGGAGUGACGAGUCGAAUAUUUUUAUAUUAGACGGUAACAACACGGAGACGACCACGACCGGGGGUUGUGCCACUACCGACGAACGACGCACAUCCACAUCCAACUAUUCGUCGAGGCAAAAGAUUGACUCCCUGGGAAAAAUCAGGCCACCCUUCCCAUGGUUUGGGAUGGACAUCGGUGGCACCCUGGUGAAGCUGGUCUACUUUGAGCCCAAAGAUAUCACAGCCGAGGAGGAGCAGGAGGAGGUAGAGAACCUAAAGAGCAUCCGGCGCUACCUGACCUCCAACAUAGCCUACGGUAAGACGGGGAUCAGAGAUGUUCACCUGGAGAUGAAGGACCUGACGAUAUGCGGACGCACAGGGAACCUCCACUUCAUCCGCUUCCCCACCCAGGAUCUGCCGGCCUUCCUACAGAUGGCACGCAACAAACACUUCUCCAGCCUCCACACCACCCUCUGUGCCACCGGAGGGGGUGCCUACAAGUUUGAGUUCGACUUCCGCCAGAUGGCUGAUCUCCAGCUGCUGAAGCUAGAUGAGCUGGACUGUCUGAUACGAGGUGUUCUCUACAUAGACUCAGUGGUGUCCAAUCCUUCAGAGUGUUACUACUAUGAGAACCCUACAGACCCUGAACACUGUGUCCAGAAACCCUUCACUCUGGAGAACCCUUACCCUCUACUGCUGGUCAACAUCGGCUCUGGCGUCAGCAUUCUGGCCGUCUACUCCAAGAACAACUACAAACGAGUAACUGGGACCAGUCUGGGUGGAGGGACAUUCCUGGGGCUGUGCUGUUUACUGACUGGCUGCUCCAGCUUUGAGGAGGCUCUGGAGAUGGCGUCGCAGGGGGAGAGCACGCACGUGGAUAAGCUAGUACGGGACAUCUACGGAGGGGACUACGAGCGCUUCGGCCCCGGCUGGGCUGUGGCCUCCAGUUUUGGGAACAUGGUGUGUAAAGAGAAGCGGGAGUCCAUCUCUAAAGAGGAUCUAGCCAGAGCCACCCUGGUCUCCAUCACCAACAACAUCGGCUCCAUCACCAGGAUGGUUGCGCUCAACGAGAACAUUGAGAGGGUGGUGUUCGUAGGGAACUUCCUGAGGGUGAACACCCUGUCCAUGAAGCUGCUGGCCUACGCCAUGGACUACUGGUCUAAAGGCCAGCUGAAAGCCCUGUUCCUCAGACACGAGGGCUACUUCGGAUCAGUCGGGGCUUUGCUGGAACUCCUGGAUCCAUCCUGAUUGCUACGGUGGCCCUGAAGGUCAAACUAGCACUUAAGACCCAAGGACUGCUCUGACCCAAAGCCAGACUCACACUUAGACUGUUAAACCAAAGACCGUCCAUCCAGCAGGACCUUUACACUUUUAUCCUCCACACACUAUUGGUGUGGUGUGCUUGCCUGUACAAGUAGCCAGGUAGGUAGCCUGUACAAGUAGCCAGGUAGGUAGGCUGUAUAGUAGACAAGUAGGUAGGCUGUAUAGUAGACAAGUAGCCUGGUCCGUCUGCAUACGUUUGACAGGAAUAUGAAUCCCACCAGGAACGACCACCACUGUUGCCUUAACUGCUGGAUAAUCACAUGUCUGUUUGACAUGUUUAAUAUAAUUGCUUGAUUGCUCUGUCGCCAUCAGCAGCCGAUGGCUCAGCUCUAGAUGUUGACCUCCAUAGAAGGCUCCAUGGCUGGGGCCCAAUGGGCAUUCUACUGGCACUCGCGUCAGGGUUCAUUCCCAGCCAAUACAGGAAGUACAUUGACGUUCCGAUUCUCUUCAAUGCUUUUCAUUUAGGAAAAUGUGGAAUUUGGUUUACUUUCUGAAUUGACAGGAAUUGUAAUGGAAUUGAUCUCAACCCUGAUUUACUGGUACGUUUAAAUUGAUUUUUUACUAUGGUUUACUGUGACAUUUUUCAGCUCCGCUGCAAAGUAAUUGCUACAUGUUGAUGGAAGAGGUUUUGAUUGAUAUCUGAUAAUGGCAAAUGGAAUAUUUGUGGGUCUGUUUUGGACAUUAAUGUUAAGUUUUUCACCUGAAUGAACUGUUACCAACGAAUCUGACUCUUAUUCAACUUUACAUGAUAGUUAAACAUUUAGUCUUUAUUCUGUCUUGAGACAAUCUCUCCUCUCUCUCUCCUCUAUCUGUGUCUCUCUCUGUCUCCCUCUGUCUCUCUCUCUCCGUCUGUCUCUGUCUCGCUCUGUCUCGCUCUCUCUCUCUCGCUCUGUCUCU